AUGAUCAUACGCAAUGCGAAUUAUGUGUGUCGAUGUCACGAAAUGAAACCUUACGACAUUUGCAGUCUUACCACCACGUUGGAGUCGGAGGAUGUGCCAUCAGUAAGAUCUUCUGAAUCUGGUCUUACAUCAGAUGAUGACAAUGCCACUGAGGAAAUUAUGCUUAAUAUAAACAAUAUCACUUCAACAAGGGAAGAUACAGAUAAAGAAUUUCGGGCUGUCAAGAAAUAG